AUGGAGCACGGCGGCAGGUUCGGCCCCGCCGGCGGCUACGACAACAGCAGCAGCGGUGGCAGCAGCCCGGCGGCGUCCCCGCGCUCCGGCCCCUCGGACAGCGACGGCUCCAGCAGCAGCAACGCCGACGAGGCCGACCGCGCUGGCCGCCAACUGGUGACCGUGGCCGAGUCGUCCGCUUGCGUGCUCGAUGACAUCGACAGGCACCAGCAGCGCAUGCUCGCACUCCUCCCGGCCUUCUCCUCUCCCGCCAGGCCCCGCGCGCGCGCGGACGCCUUGUCUCGCUGGCUCGCCGGGUUCGGUGCCGGCUGGGUGCUGGACACGGGCACGUUGGGCGGGGGCCAGCACGGUGGUGGUGGUCUCCUCUCGCGGCGGGAGGUCGGGAGGAGGGUCAGGGCAUGGGCGCAGGCGCUGAGCGCCAUGGAGCACGCAUUCCGCCUUCGCCACCAGAAGCUCAUGGCCGCGCAGGUGGUCGCUAUGGGGGAGCUCGCGGCCGCGAGCGCCGGAGCGAUGCUGACGCUGGCCGGCGCCGUGGCCGCGCUCGGGAGCUCCCCGUCGAAGCUGCUGGCGGUGCUCGACGUGUACAUCCCGGUGUCGGAGGCGUUCCCCGUCCUCGCGAGGCUCUUCUCCUGGGGCCCCGCGCACCCGGUCUCGGUCGCCGCCGAGGCCGCGCUCGCCGGGCUGGUGGACGCGGCCCGGCGCUGCAGGCGCGACCUCCGGACGUCGUUCAUAAGGUCGCACUACCCGUGGCGGAUGCCACAGGGUGGCGAGGUGCACCCGUGCGUCGGCUUCUGGAUGGGCUACUUUCGCUGCCUGCUGCGCAACCGCAUCUCCCUCUACUUCGUCCUCGCCGCCGCCGACGACGACAGUGACAGCGACAGCGAAGCACGGCCGCCGCCGCGCGCGCCAGCUGGCGGCGGCGGCCUCGGCCUGGUGGGGGAGCUCAUAUCGUGCCUGGAGGCCGUGCUGGAGGAGAAGUCUGCCGCGCUAGCGUUUCCGGGGCUAAGGCAGGUGUUCGUGCUCAACAACACGUUCGCCAUCGUGCGCCGCGCGGUGCGCUCCGACCUCAAGCUGUUCCUGCCGCCGGGGUGGGUUCGCGUCCGCGAGGAGCGCAUGGAAGGCUACAUCAAAGGCUACAUGGACGCGUCGUGGAAACCCGUCGUGUCGCGCUUGGACGGCGGCGGCACCAAGACCAAGUCUGGCGCUGCUCUCCGGCGCCGAAGCAAUCGGCUGAGUGCGUUCUACACGGCGUUGGAGAACACCUGCAGCGCGCAGAGAUGCUGGAAGGUGCCCAACCCGGUGAUCCGGGGAAUCCUCCGGAAGACUGUUGCAGAGAAUGUUGUGCCGGUGUAUCGACGGUACUUGGAAGACCAUCCGGAGGUAGAGGUGGCCAAAGGGCGCACCGUGGAGGAGCUGGAGCAGCACUUGUCAGAUUUGUUUGAAGGAUAG